CACUUGGAGCGCUGCAAGUUUAGCAAUUUAUAGUCUCAUGUUCCUAUUGGAUGACGUAGUCUUCCAUAAUUGUUUUGGUAUCGUAGCAACGUGAUCGUGAUUUUUCGUUUAAAUUGCAGUACAUAUGAGGAUGGAUCAUACGGGAAGAGAAGAAUUCAGUUUGAGAUUGAAAUUGAAAUACUCGUGCAAGUUUCCUGGAUGCAGGAGUAGUGAUUAUGUAAAAAUAAAUUCCAAACACAAGAAUAAAUUUUUCUAUAAAUUUCCAGCUGCAUCAAAAAGUGAGACUUUAAAGAAGUGGAAAUUGAUCUGUAAUAUAGAUGAAGGUGUCAACUGUAGUUAUUAUUAUGUGUGUGAGGAUCAUUUUUAUGAAGCAGAUUUUGUGGACUUUACUAGACACAGGCUAAAUCCUGGUGUUAUACCAAAGCACAUGGAAUUGGUGUUGUAUCAUCCUCCCCCCACCCAUCUGUGUUACACUGGUGGUGGUGGUGGUGGUGGUGGCGGUUUCACCACAUCGGGUGCAAAUAUAAGCGUGCAAGAGACAGGUCACAAUGCAAAAUCUACAGUAAUACAACGAAGCAGUCCCCCUUUACAGAGCACAGAUGAUGGUGAAUACAGCUUUUCAUCCUCACCUGUUUAUGAUGUUGAAAGUAGUGCAGGUGUAAUAGGAUCUGGCGUUUCUAAACGUGAUUUAACUCCAAGAAAACACAAAAUGUAUAAAUUGCAUAGAAUUACAGUUUCCAGAGUGUGUAAAUUGAAAAAACAGCUACAGAAUGAGAGGAAUAAAUUGAAAAUUCUAAAAUAGUUGUAUGAUGACAGGAAAUUUCAGUUAAUUGAAGAAUAGUUGAAUGACGUGACUAAAACUUUUAUAAGUCAAUUAAGAAAUGCCAAUAUGCAACCCACAGCAGUAUGGUGGUCUAUACAAGAUAAGGCAUUUGCUUUAUCUAUUUAUAAGUGUAGUCCCCGGUUGUACAGAUAUUUGACCACAUACUUCUCCCUUCCAUCUGUCACGCUGCUCAAGGGAGUGCUUUCCCACAUACCAUUUGAUACAGGACUUGAUCCAGCUUUAUUAAACUUUUUAGCAAGGGAAGUAAGCAAUAUGCAUGAAAAUGACAAGUACAGGGUGAUUCAAAAAGAAUACCACAACUUUAGGAAUUUAAAACUCUGCAACCGACAAAAGGCAGAGCUAAGCGCUAUCUGUCGGCGAAUUAAGGGAGCUAUAAAGUUUCAUUUAGUUGUAUAUUUGUUCGCCAUUUCAGACAAUAAAGUUUUUGGUCCCUUUUUCUUCUAAGGUGCUACUGUAACUGAACUACAGUAUCUGGAGAUGUUAGAGAAUUGGCUGUUCCCUCAGCUCGAACAAGAAGCACAACAAUUCAUAUUUCAGCAGGAUGGAGCGCCACGACAUUGGCACUUAUCUGUCCGUAACUACCUGAACGUCAACUAUCCGAGGCGAUGGAUCGGCCGCCAGGCAGCCCGUGACAGAGCACGUCAUCACUGGCCUCCAAGAAGCCCUGAUCUUACUCCCUGCGAUUUUUUCUUAUGGGGGUAUGUUAAGGAUAUGGUGUUUCAGCCACAUCUCCCAGCCACCAUUGAUGAUUUGAAACGAGAAAUAACAGCAGCUAUCCAAACUGUUAUGCCUGAUAUGCUACAGAGAGUGUGGAAUGAGUUGGAGUAUCGGGUUGAUAUUGCUCGUGUGUCUGGAGGGGGCCAUAUUGAACAUCUCUGAACUUGUAUUUGAGUGAAAAAAAACCUUUUUAAAUACUCUUUGUAAUGAUGUAUAACAGAAGGUUAUAUUAUGUUUCUUUCAUUAAAUACACAUUUUUAAAGUUGUGGUAUUCUUUUUGAAUCACCCUGUAUUGUGCUCUACUUUUUGAUGAAAUGUCUCUGGAUGAUGGUAUGUACUAUGAUGCACACAAACAACUAAUCUAUGGUUAUCAGGACUUGGGUCAUUUAGGACGUUCACCUGUAGCUGCCAGUCAAGCAUUGGUUUUUAUGCUGAAAGGCAUUCGCAGAACUUGGAAACAAGUUCUAGCAUAUUACUUUACUGCAGCCACUUUCCACUACACCCAUUUGAAAUCACUCAUUGUUCACAUCAUAAGUGAACUAUAGAAUAUUGGGUUCAAAGUGGUUUGUACUGUAUGUGACCAGAAUGCAACAAACCAAAAGGCCCUUAAGCAACUGUGUGAAGCAAAUUUGUUGAAACCCAGUAUAUUUCAUUUUGUCGUCAAUAAUCAACCAAUUGUUACCAUUUAUGAUGUAACACAUCUGCUCAAAAACACGAGAAAUGCUUUGAUAGAUAAUGAAAUUCAAUUUGAACCUCACAAAGCAGCAAAGUUUGAGUACAUCAGUACAGUGUUCUGUUUGGAUUAAAAAAAAAACAGUUCAAAACUCUGCCCAAAUUAAAAGCACAACACUUUAACUUUUCUGAUUCCCAUGUCAAAAUGAAGGUAAAAGUUGCUGCUGCACAAAUGAGUCAUACUGUUGCAGCUACAAUUGAAACAUAUGUUUCUACUCACACAUUACCAUCUGAAGCUAUACACACAGCUGAGUUUGUGGAAAAGGUAGAUAAUCUCUUUGAUUCACUCAACAGUAAUGAGCAAUAUCCCAGGGAUGGAAAACAAUUUAGGUGUGCUUUAUCAGAAAAUUCGCCACAUUUAGAAAUGUGGUAUAGCAUAUUGAGGGAAAUAGGCAGCUGGCAAAUAAUAGAUUUAAAAACGGGAAGAAACAAGACUAAUAUGUUUAGCUUCAUAAAAGGUUGGCAGAUUACAUUACAGUCUAUUAUUUUCUUGUGGAAGACCUUGAAAGUGGUUGGCUUUAAGUACUUAAAUUUAAAGGGGUUCAAUCAAGAUGCUUUAGAAAAUUUCUUUUGUUGUAUAAGACAACAUGGUAUUGCUAAUACAAACCCAACUUGUUUUCAGUUUGUACAAGCUCUGAAGACUUGUGUUGUCAAUCAUAUGACUUUGCCUUUCAAAGCCAUGAGUGUAAGUAACUGUGAAAAUGAUGAUUACACUCCCUUGAGCAGUUUGUGUCACUUUCUGGCAGCUAGUGGUAGGAGUGAACAUUUAAGUGAAUGUGAGAUGAAAGACACUGAUACACCUGAGCAAAUUUAUUCUUACUCAGAUGAUAUCAUCGAGUCUGUAGAAGAUCAACAAUCCUUAGCCUAUGUAGCAGGCUAUGUACUAAAAGCCAUAGAUGUACCAGAUGAUUGUGAAACAUGUAGUACCAGUCUCUACUCCUCUGUUGUGACUGAAAAUCAUUUGUUUACCUCAUUUAAAGAGAAUAGUGAGGAGCAUUCUCAUUUGAAAUACGCAAGUGAAAGAGUCAUGAUUUUCCUAAGGGCACUCCAUGAUCAGCUGUAUGAGUAUCUAAAUAGUCAUGGUCACAUAACAAAACUACAUGAUAAUUUAAAAAAAAAAUUUCUUCUGUCUCAUACAACAAUUGGUAAUAAACAUGACAUUGAAGAGAGACUUCUGAAGACAAGUAUUCCAUUUAUAAUAUAAAAGUAUGUGAAAGAAAAGAAAUUUACAAACAAGAGGAAAUUGUGUAUGCAACAACUUAAAAAGAAGUUCAAAUCAUGUUAAAAGACUUUGUAUUUUGUUUAUUAUGUGUACAAUGAGAGUUAGCUCCCUAUACAUAUACAAAUGUUCUUGUAUCAAAAUCAUGCCUUUGACUUGUUAUGACAAAAUCUGGUAAUUCAGCAGGCACAUAACUUAACACUUUCUACAUGUGAUGAUUGGAUUCUAAAAGUAUAAUGAAUAAAGUGCUGUCAAGGGGAAUUUGUGUUAAUUUUCAGUAGUGUACCAAACAGUGUUUUC